CAGUGCCCUCCCAGUCUCUCCCAGUGCCACCAGUCCCUCCCCCCGCCGGAGCCUCCUGCGGGCGCCCACCUUCCGCUGGGACGGCGGUGACGUCAUCAACAGAGCCGGUGACGUCAUCGACAAAGCCGGUGACGUCAUCGAUGGAGUCCAGCUGUGACGUCAUCAGUAAUGGCGACAACAUCAUCGAGGAGAGUGGUGAUGUCAUCAGGGAGAGCAGUGAUGUCAUCAAGGAGAGCAGUGAUGUCAUCGGGAACGACGGUGACAUCAUCAGGGACAGCAGUGACGUCAUCAGGGAGAGCAGUGACAUCAGCAGGAGGAGCAGUGACGUCAUCAGGGAUGGUGGUGAUGUCAUCGGGGAGAGCUGUGAUGUCAUCAGGAACGGCGGCGUCAUCAGGGAGAGCAGUGACGUCAUCAGGGAGAGCUGUGACGUCAUCGGGCAUAGUGGUGACGUCAUCAGGGAGAGCGGCAACGUCACCAGGAGCGGCGAUGACGUCACCAGGGAUGGCUGUGAUGUCAUCAUGAGCACCGGUGAUGUCAUUGGGAGCAACUGUGACGUCAUCACGGAGAGCGGUGAUGUCAUCAGGAAUGGCUGUGAUGUCAUCGGGGAGAGCAGUGAUGUCAUCAACGGAGGCAGUGAUGUCAUCAGGAACGGUGGUGAUGUCGUCAUGAGCAGUGGUGACGUCAUCAAGGGCAGCAGUGACAUCAUCAGGAAUGGCGGUGACAUCAUCAGGAGUGACAGUGACGUCAUCAGGGACACCCCAAGGACACCCAAGGGCACCUCGAGGACCUUCAGGGACCCCUUGGGGACAUCCAAGGACCCCCUGGUGGCACCUGGGGACACCCAAAGGACACCCAAGGACCCCUUGGUGGCAUCUGGGGACACCUUGGGGACGUCCAAGGACCCCUUGGGGACCUUCAGGGACCCUCAGGUGACAUCUGGGGACACUUUGGUGACAUCUGGGGACAAUCUGGGGACGUCCAAGGACCCCCUGAGGAUGUUCAAGGACACCCUGGUGGCAUCUGGGGACACCCAAAGGACAUCUGAGGACCCCCUGGUGGCAUCUGGGGACACUUUGAGGACAUCCAAGGACACCUUGGUGACAUCUAAGGACACUUUGGUGACAUCUGGGGACAAUCUGGGGACGUCCAAGGACCCCCUGAGGAUGUUCAAGGACACCUUGGUGGCCUCUGGGGACACUUUGAGGACAUCCAAGGAUGCUUUGGGGACAUCCGAGGACACCCUGGUGGCAUCUGGGGACACCUUGGGGACAUCCAGGGACACCUUGGUGGCAUCUAAGGACGUUCUGGUGGCAUCUGGGGACACCCAAAGGACGUCCAGGGACACCUUGGUGGCAUCUGGGGACACUUUGAGGACAUCCAAGGACCCCCUGGUGGCAUCUGGGGACACCCCAAGGACAUCCCAGGACACCUUGGUGGCAUCUGGGGACACCCCAAGGACGUCCAGGGACACCUUAGGGACAUCUGUGGACAGUUUGGUGGCAUCUGGGGACACCUCGAGGACAUUCAAGGACACCUUGGUGGCAUCUGGGGACACUCAAAGGACAUCCAAGGACACCUUGGGGGCAUCUAAGGACACCUUGGUGGCAUUUGAGGACCCCCUGGUGGCAUCUGGGGACACCUUGAGGACCUCUGGGGACACUUUGAGGACAUCCCAGGACACCCUGGUGGCACCUGGGGACAUUUUGAGGACAUCCAAGGACCCCCUGGGGACAUCCAAGGACAAUUUGGGGACAUCUGGGGACACUUUGGGGACAUCCAAGGACACUUUGGUGGCAUCUGGGGACACUUUGAGGACCCCCCGGGUGACCCCCCGUGACCCCCCGGUGACCUUGCGGGUGCUGCAGGUGACCCUGAGGCCCCUCCCCCUCCCCUCAGGUGACCCCCAGGUGACCCCCAGGUGACCCUCAAGCCCC